CAAUCUCACAUCUUUCUUCCUCCUAGCUAGCUAGCCAUUCAUUACCAGCCAAAACCAUGCCGUUAAGGGUUCUUUCUGCGCUUGACUCCGCGAGAACCCAAUAUUAUCAUUUCAAGGCCAUAGUCAUCGCUGGCAUGGGUCUCUUCACGGACGCCUACGAUCUCUUCUGCAUCCCUCCUAUAGUCAGACUCCUCGGACACCUAUACCAUGACAACAAAGAACUCCCCACUCAAGUCACCUCCGCCUUGGUUGCUGUCGCCCUUGUAGGCACAGACACAACUUUGUGUCUUGUUGAGUCUGGGGUUCUUCCGGUUCUUGCUGGGGUUGGGUAUAGGCGGAGACUACCCGCUGUCGGCAACAAUCAUGUCGGAGUUUGCCAACAAGAGGACACGUGGUGCGUUCAUAGCGGCAGUGUUUUCGAUGCAGGGGUUUGGGAUUUUGGCGAGCUCGGCUAUGACAAUGGUGAUUUGCUCCAUAUUUCAGAAGGGAUCGCAUGCUUCAAAAGAUUACACGCCGGACGCUGCCGACAUCUCGUGGCGGUUGAUUCUGAUGAUGGGCGGCGUUCCGGCUGCAUUGACUUAUUAUUGGCGGAUGUUGAUGCCGGAAACUGCUAGGUAUAUCAUUUCUUUUCUUUCAUUUUUUAAAUUUACUAUUUGUUUCCUUUCUACUGGCCAGACAUCCGCUGUCUCAGUUUGACCCAAUAAAUAAAGAAAAUAACUUUAA